AGGGCCCAUGUUGUAAAUAAACUUGACGUUUAUGUUGCUCAAUUGUUUUGUUUUUUUGGGGGUGGUUUUUUUUACGUUUACCAACGUAUAUUUUUCGGUCAAAUCUAAAUGGAGGACAGAAAUGACUUAGAACAUUUCAGAAGAACUUGGACCAAAGAGCUAAACCAAAGAAAAAGUCUGCAAUGUCAACAAAAAAGAGAAAACCAGGAACUUGCUUCCACGGAAUCGGCCGAAAACGAAUUGUCUGUCACAAACACAGCGUCCAGUUCCUCAAAUGGCUCGAUGCCUAACCACUGUGAAAUAAUUGGUAACAGAGACUCUAGCACAUGUGUAGUCAGUAAUGCUUCUGUAAAAUCACAUAAUCUGCAUAGAGAUAAAUCUGGCACACUGCAAUCAAACAACAAGAAUAUGCUUGAACAAAUUCAAAGAGGAAGAGGUGAAAACUUCUUGGCAGAAAAUAAUAUUGUUAAUAAUGACACUGAAACAGAAGGAUAUUAUCCAUUCAUAUUAUUGGGUAAAAUGCUGAAAAAUAGCACAGAAGAUUUAUCGCCAAAGAAAAAGACCAAAAACCUUUUAUCUCCAAAUACAAAAAGGAAAUAUUUUGAUAGUGACGAGGAGGAGAUGACAGUUCUGAUUGAGUCUUCAUCCCAGCAUCGGAAGAAAAAAGAACCAAAAUCAAUUAUAACAAAAGAAAUAAAGUCUAAAUGUAGUAACCCUUUGAAGAAAGAGCGAUUUCUUGACCUUUUUGUUGCCGAUUUGGAUGAAAUCAAUGAAAUCCCUUUCUUUGACACAAAUUUACCUAGAGAAGUUGCUAUUAAAAUAUUCAACCAUUUAAGUGUAGUUGACCUGUGCAGAUGUUCCCAGGUUAGUAAAAGUUGGAGAAGUUUAGCAGAUGACGAGUUGCUAUGGUGUCAAAUUUGUCAUAAAUUGGGGUAUGAAGGGGAGAUAACCACUAAAGAAAAGAUGGGAUGGAAGAAUUCAGUACGACAGUAUGCACAGAGAAAGAAAACACUUAUUACUAAUUGGAAGGGAAGAACUGGUAAAUUUCAUCAGUUACAACAUGUACAAGGUGGUAUUCUAUGUUCAGUUGAUUCAUACCAAGAUCUUAUAGUAGCUGGAUAUACAAAUUGUGAUGUAAAGUUAUGGAAUAUGGCCGAGGAUGACAGUGUAACAUUUCAGUCAAGUAAUACAUCUUUAAUUAUUGACGAAACAUCUGACAUCGGCACAGUCAGUAAUCAAGUACAGCAAGUCGUUACAUCUAAAAAGUAUACAGCUGCUAGUUAUUCACACGGUUUUGUUGAUAUUUGGAGUAAUGAAGAUGGGACCGAUCCAGUCUACACACUUCAAUCUCAGCAUAAUUCUGUUGGUCAGAUCUGUCUGUCUUAUCAUAAAACUAUUUUAGGAAUAGUUGAUGAUUCUAUAGUUAAUAUUAUCCAGCCUACUGUUGACAGCGAAAUGAUUGUUACAGAUAAAGUGAAUUUACAAUCUCAUGUGCAGAAAUUACAGUGGUUAGAAUCUGAAAAUCUGUCUGUUAGUUGUGACCCAAUGUUGAUAAUAGGUCAAUAUAAUAAAGUUCACAUUUAUAAUCCAAUGAACUCUUACCUAACAGAACUACAUAAUAUGAUAGAUUCUAAUACCAAAUGUUUUGACUGUCGAUUUCAACCUGAAAUUUUAGCUGUUGGUGUACAUUUCUUAUCUCCUGUAGCUGAACACAAGGUUAAAUUAUAUGAUCUGUCUACAAAACAGAUUAUAUCUACACUCCAUGGUCAUACAUGGAUUAUACAAUGUUUACAUUUACCAGAAGAACAAACACAUACAUUAGUUAGUGGUAGCUGUGAUAGAAAGGUGAGGCUGUAUGACUUACGACAUGGGGGUCAACCAUCAAUAACAUUAAUUGGUCAUGUUGGUGCCGUGAGUUCUGUUCAGGCUGAUGAUUGGAAGAUUGUAUCAAGUGACGUGGCUGGUUUUGUGUCUGUCUGGGAUAUUAGAACAUCCAACAAAUUAUGGGAAUUACAUAACAGACAUCCAGUAGAAUAUUGUCAUUUUCAUGAUAAAUAUUUAAUGGUAGGAAAUAUACCAGGAAAUAAAUGUCCUGUGUUAGACACAGAAUAUGAAUCAGCUACCCACAGAAAAUAUCGAGGAACAGUGCAAGUUUAUGAUUUUCUAUCAGACCAGACCCGUGACGACAUACCUGAUAUCUGUUUAUCCACAUAUGAUCAACCAGAUGCAUAUAACUUCAAUAUCAGACUAGCAAUGCCAUAUGAUAAUUUAUAAUAUUAAAUAAUAUUUUGUUAA